AUGCCGCUGCUGUUCGGAGACGACGAAGUGGAGGCCCUAGAGGCCGCACUGUCCUACACGCAGAGCUGGACCGAUUGCUUCUGGGAACGCUCAUUGUCGUCUCCUCUGCCACCGAUGGUGACGAAUGUUGGAGCUUCCGACGUAUCAGGACCGAGUCGGCGCAGUUCUCGAGCAGCCAAAGGCUCAACGACGGCUCUGGCGAAAAGCAAGCGCCGUGUGAAGGUAAAUCCAAAUCGAGCGCGAGACGAACGCAAGCAUGAACUAGCGUACUUGAGAAACAAAGUGGAGCAGAUGGAGAGAGAGCUAAACACGAUGCGCCAUCGACGACGAACUCUAGGAAUUCGCAGCGCUGAACCGCCGCCCGUAGCUCGAUCGCAAGCCUUGACAUCUACCUGUUCAAAACCUGCUUCUUCAUCGUCCAGAAUGCCCUUCAUCUGGAGAGACAUUGCCACUCGUCAGCAACAUCGACGAGAGAAAUCCGAGCGCGAGAACGCAAGGCUUAAGCUCGUACUCGAGAGCCAGGUGAAACUGGCAAAAAGCAUGGAGAUAUUGCUGCAGAAGCGAGCUCGACAGCAAGUGUCUGGUUGUGCUGAGGUGGUUGGGGUGUCUGGUGACCUGUCGUCCCAGGGGUGCACUUUAGACUUUUUAGUGGACAAGGACACUUACGAGGCACUGCUCACCAGUGUGGAGACGGCUUUCGCCGAAUUAGAGGCCGUGUUCGCCACUAACGGGUUAUUGAAUCUGGACUCUCCUUGUAGAGAUGCGCGGAUGCGAGAAGGUGCCAGCGGGAUGUAUCUUGACGUGUUUGCCAACAAAGUGUUACCCUUUACGUACGAGGCGGUGACUACAGCCGUGUGGAACCAUUUCAAAGGGAGCGAGAAACACCGCGGCGUGGUCUAUGAGAACGCGACAAAGCAACUCGAGACUUCCUCCGAUACUAUUAUGGAGGCCUUCACAAUGGAGUUCAUUGGCAAGACGACUACUGCGGACUUUAGCGUGAAACAGGUAAUCAGACGCUUCGUGGAGACUGAUAGACAGGUGGUCGUAUGGGUGUCAAUUGGACACGCUCUGGACCCGAACAACUCGCAGUUUUCCAGCUUUGGCUUCGUAGACAAAGGCUACGUGGUGACGAGGCGCCCCACGUCGAUUGCCCAGGGUCACGGUUACUUUACUAUUCUGCAAAUGUGCAGUCUUGUGUCGCCGCAAAUGGCUGCAGGCUGUCGAAUCGACAUGACUGCAGCAGGGGAUUUCACCGAGUUUGUGCUGAAUGUUGUAGCCGCCAAUACCACGACCAGCCAAGAGCUCAUAGAGAACGUGCUGCUCGACCAGGAGCUGAACAAACGCCCCAUUGAGACUGCGAUGAGUUUUGCUGCUUGA